GGGAGUCCUGCUUGGAGCAGACUACUCUGGGUCCCCGAGACAAGCCUGGAUCUGCGGCCGCCCUCCGGGGGCGGGCGGAGGUGGAGUUCGGUGCCGCAGCAUGCAAUCGGGACCGCCUGCGUUCCGGGCCUGGUGGGGGCCGGGCUCUGGAGCGGAGGUCUCCUGGAGCCGGCGGGCUGCCCUCUAGCAGAGUUAGCGUCACCACCGAACCUAAGUGAGUGGGCACGGGAAACGCCAGGGAGGGCGCCGGGGCGCUGGAGGAAGCUUCGUGGACGCGAGCGGGAGUCCCGCUCACCAUGGGGGAGGUGGAGAUCUCGGCCAGAGCCUACGUGAAGAUGUGCCUGCACGCCGCUCGGUAUCCUCACGCCGCGGUCAACGGGCUGUUGCUGGCGCCGGCGCCGGCGCCGGGGGAAUGCCUGUGCCUCACCGACUGUGUGCCCCUGUUCCACAGCCACCUGGCCCUGUCUGUCAUGCUGGAGGUCGCCCUCAACCAGGUGGAUGUGUGGGGCGCGCAGACCGGUCUGGUAGUGGCUGGGUACUACCAUGCCAAUGCAGCUCUGGACGACCAGAGCCCUGGGCCCCUGGCCUUGAAAAUUGCUGGGCGGAUUGCAGAAUUCUUCCCUGAUGCAGUACUUAUUAUGUUGGAUAAUCAGAAACUGGUGCCUCAGUCUCAUGUGCCACCAGUCAUCGUCCUGGAGAACCACAGUCUCCGUUGGGUCCCUAAGGACAAGAACCUAGUGAUGUGGAGGGACUGGGAAGAGUCACGACAGAUGGUGGGAGCACUACUGGAGGGCCGGGCCUACCNCAGAUUCCCACAGAAAGUUUAUUGA